UGUGUUUGAGUGGGAGGGUGGGUGGUGUGUGAAAGUGUGUUUGUGCGUCCCAGAGGCCACAGCGCGCAGCUUGUCUCCAUUUGGUUCCAUUGUUUGCGGCGAAGACUGUUAACCAUGAACCUGUUCUGCUUCACACUGGAGGGUUCCACAGACAGCAUUUAUGAACCAGCGUACAGCCAAACACUGAAGGAAGUGUCCAAGUACCAGUGCAGCCCUGCUCUUCUGAGGCGCAAAGCUGAGUGGAGGGGCUCAGAUCCAUCCAUAAACUCUAACCGACCUCAGAGUGCCACAAAAUUAAAAAGGGACAACAGAAGAUCAUGUGUGCCAACAUCAGCCUUGGAUAAUGAAAUAUUAGAAAGAGACAUUAAUCAUACUUGCUGGAUGUCAUCUGGUGACAAGAAGGACCUAUUUUACCAAAAGAAAGUCCAGAGCAGAGAGACGUGUAAAGCUCCCAGUCAGAGCAGCAAGCAGACAAGAGACGACAAAGUAAAGGAACUGAGUUCUGACAGGACACAGUCGGAUCCACCGGCUGAGGCCAGUGAAACAACAGCAGACACAGCAGAACCAGUACAGGCUACAGGAAGACUAAAGAAGUUACAGAAUUUGGUCCAAGCAAAGAAGACACAUCAGACUGGAUCUAGAAAAGAGAAGAGCGCAUGUGAGACUAACAAUCAUUUGGCAGAAGUGGUGAGCAACAACAAACCAGCGCUAACCUGCAUCGCCCUGCGCAGGAGGACAGAGAAGAAGUCCUCUAAAACUGCUGCAUCGCCACAGCAGCUCCUGCAUCAACAGGCCAGAGUUCCUCAUGAAGACCCCCAGGAGGAAGGGGCUUGGAGUCCACAGCAUGGAAUUGAUAUGUGGAGCCCAUUUGAGUGUCCACAGCCCUGGAGUCCAUUCGACCACACCUGCCACCGACCCAGACACGAGCUGUGGGCCUGCAGUGGCACCAUGUCGCUGCCCCGGAACGCAGAAUGGGAUCGUUUUGAGAGUCUGAUACAGGAACUGGACAGCAAACAGUCGAAUCUGUCUCCCCCACAAAUGAUCCGCUCCAUCACAGACCUGCACCUCUCACAGAACCCACUGGCCAGAUGUGGGAGACUUGACGCCCUCAGACAGCAAUCGUCUUUAAUAAAACCACAGGAUAACAGAAGUUGUCCGCAAAAGCAGGAGCAGAAGAUUGAGCUGCCUGUAGUGUGGCUGCAGAGGAGGGAGGUGGAGACCUCAUUACAGAGUGACAAGAAGCAUGUCAAGGCCUCACCAGAGACGACGCUGACGGCCCUCAUCAAAAGAGACAUACGGAAAGAUGAAGCAGAGAAGAGACAAACUGACCAAGGAAGGCCGCUGACUAUGGGACACAGGCGGUCCAGCAACUCUCUGGAAAGCCUCUACAGUCACAACAGUGGACAAAGCUCCUCAAGUGGAGUCACCAGUGGGUCAGACUGCUCCAGUAACAGAGACAGUCUGAGGCUGGACGAUGAUCUAUUGUACACCAGACAGUUGUGUGGCAGAGCAAGAGUCCAUACAGACUAUGUGCCAAGUCCGUAUGACACUGAAUCCCUCAAACUUAAGGUGGGAGAUGUCAUUGACAUCAUCGCCAAGCCCUCCAUGGGAAUAUGGACAGGCAUGCUGAAUGGAAGAACAGGAAAUUUCAAGUUCAUUUAUGUGGAUGUACUAACAGAAGAGAGUUCAAAGACACACCAGGAAACCCAUAUCCAUGAAGUGAGCCAUAAAUCAACUGUCCAUGAAGUGUUAAAGCGACUCAGUUUAGAGGAGUACUCCUCGUCUCUGCAGCUGAACGGUUACCAAACAGUAGACGACCUGAUGAGGCUGAGGGAGCAUCACCUGAUGGAGCUGAAUGUGACUAAUCCGGAGCACAGGCAGCGUCUGCUCGCCGCCGUCGACUCCUUGCAGCAACUGGGCUCUGUCAGUCAGUUGGAGAACGAGGCCUGUCGGGAGGCCAAGACUUCCAGUGAGAGCAGGAAGGCAGAUAUGAACAACUGCCCAAGAGACUCCGGCUGCGACAUGCCACCCGACAGCCCCGACAGCAGCACGGCGAAGGCAGACUUUCAUUUAAAAGAAUCAUUCUAAUGCUGGUUUUAUUCCUGCUGCUGCUGUUGAUUUGACUUGUGAAUCAAAGGCUGUUUUUUUUUUUGUUUUUUUUUUAAAUUUGCUGCAACUGUCUAACUUCUGAUGGGGUUCAAUAGAACACACACGCUGAGCUUUUUACCACUUCAGCUCCAGCUGGAUGAGUGUCUGUUAGCUGUAAAAGUUUGUUUCUUGAAAUAAAAUGUUUUAUGAAUCGG